GAUGCAGCGUUAAGUCCAAUUCGCUACGAAUUCACGAAUAAACGUUCUUCUUUCCUGAAAUGACGGCAUAGAGAACAUCACGUUUACGACGUAUAGUGGAUUUGUUCUUCUCAGUGUGAUGGCGAGUGAUCAGGACGUAACAGCGGUCGGACGCAUCCUGGUGGACGUCCAGCAGGAACUUUCCACACGUUUCAGAGCUCUGUUCACGCUCCGGAACCUGGGCGGAGGCGAGGCGGUGAAAUGGAUCAGCCAGGCUUUCUCUGAUGAGUCAGCACUUCUCAAGCACGAGCUGGCCUACUGCCUGGGGCAGAUGCAGGACGAGAGAGCGAUUCCCGUCCUGGAGAGGGUCCUGGGAGACGCCGAGCAGGAGCCCAUGGUCAGACAUGAAGCAGGCGAAGCUCUGGGAGCCAUCGGAAAUCCCAAAGUGCUGGAUUUACUGAAACAGUACUCGAAGGAUCCGGUCAUCGAGGUGGCAGAGACGUGUCAGCUGGCUGUACGGAGGUUGGAGUGGCUGAUGAGCGGAGGUGAUGAAGAGAAGGCGAAGUGUACAGACAGUAACCCGUACAGCUCGGUGGACCCGGCGCCUCCAGCACAGAGGAAAAGCGUUUCGGAGCUCAGGACGCAGCUCCUGGACGAGAGCCUGCCCCUUUUCGAACGCUACAGAGCCAUGUUUGCUCUCAGGAACCUCGGCAGCGAAGAGGCCGUGCUCGCUCUGGGAGAUGGCCUGCAGUGCAGCAGCGCUUUAUUCCGUCACGAGAUCGGGUACGUGUUGGGGCAGAUGCAGCACGGGGCGAGCAUCCCUCAGCUUUGCGCCGCCCUCGAGAACAAGAGCGAGAACGCCAUGGUGAGACACGAGUGUGCCGAGGCGCUCGGCUCCAUCGGGCAGGACUCCUGCCUGUCCAUCCUGCAGCGCUACCGAGAGGACAGCGAGCGUGUGGUGAAGGAGAGCUGUGAGGUGGCGUUGGACAUGCUGGAGUACGAGAACAGUGCGCAGUUCCAGUACGCAGACGGACUGCUCCGAGUAAACGCCGCUCAAUAAUUACUCAGGACUUCAUCAUCAUCACCAUCACCACCAGUGAUCUCCACCUCACCCCAUAAAAACCUUCUCUUAAAGACUCAGUCUGCUUCGUUAUCUGAUAAAUGAAUGCGUUUUAAAUCUGUAGGACCAGUUUCCAUACCUGGUGUACUUUUUUUUCCCCAUUCCACAUUUAGUUCCUAUUGCGGUUAUAAUAAACUCCACACUUCUGGGAAGAUGUUUCACUAGAUCUUUUUUUGGAGUGUGUUUGUGGAGAUUCAGCUACAAGGCUGUUAUUUCAAUAGAGUUCCUGAGUAUAGCAGGAGAUCUUCCACUCCAACACAUCUUCAUGAAGCUGGAUUUGUGCACAGGUGCACUGUCAUGCUGGAUCAGGAUUGGGUCUCCCAGGUCAAGUGAAUGGAAAACUUCACGAUGCCGAACCAAAGACCGCCCUGUACAACCGAGUGUGUGCCUACAACCUCGUGGUAAAUGUUUGAGGUGGAACCACAUGGCUAGAAGAAUGUCGUCUGUCCGUAUACUUUUGACCUUAUAGUGUGGAUCGAGGUUUUCAGAUCUUUAUGCAAAAUGAUUUUGGUUUGCACAGGUCGAGGUUUGAGGUUGAGGGAUUGUCGAGCAGGAAGUUGAAAAGCGAGGACGUUCGCCAGAGCUGGACAGCAAAUCUGAAAGUCCAGAUAUGAAAAAAAAGAGAAGUUUUUUUAUGACUUGCUCGGUGGGGUUGGUCGGUGGGUCGAAGGAUUUAUGGCACAUUUUCGACCGCCUUCAAAUUCGACGCUCAAAAUCAAACUAUUGAUGGACACGCAGAAUAAACCUCCUGUUUGGCAGCUGUUGCUACUGUAUUUCUUGUUUUAAUACGAAUGUGUGGAGAAAUAAAAGAAAUAAAACGCUCAA